AUGGCAUCAAAAGAAAUUAAUAGCCAGAGCCAUACAUUGCCGUCGCCCCCACCAGAAGGUCUACGAAGAUCAAAACGAACCAAAAUUGCACCUUUGGCAUAUUGGAGAAACGAGAGGAUAGUAUACACGAGGGCACGUGAAGGCAUUAGCGAAUCUGAUAACACAUUAAUGCGUGAUAUCAAAAAAGUGCCUUUGCAAGAAAUAGUUGAAGUCAUACAUGUUCCUGAAACAUCCAGAAAUGAGAACAAAGGUAAGACGAAUAAAAGAUCCAAAGCACGUGUGCGUCUGACCACACAAGAAAAAAAAUUGCACGCAAAUACAUCAUUUGAUUACGAGUCUGAUCCAGAGAUUGACGGCACAGAAUGGUUCAAGCAAAAAUCCCUAGCGUCGGAGAUCUUUGAGAAUGAUGAAACAAUGACAAACAAAAUAAUUGCUUGGGCACCUGAUGGAGGAAACUUUGAGCUGCCACCAGAUCGAGACGAAGGACUACUGGGGGCAGAGAACUUCAAAGUAGCUUCGCUUUUCGACACAGACCUGAACAUGUUAGCAGCCGGUCUACUAGACUUUCCUACAGAAGGUUUCAAAAGCUUGCGGAAUACUGGGGAAUCUCUGUUCAUUUUCCAUGUUGCAAGAGGUUUAAUUGAAGUGACGCUAAAUUCAAAAAGAUUUGUGGUGACUCGGGGUUGUUCCUUCGAGAUCCCCAGAUACAAUAUCUACAGUUUCAAGAAUCUUGGACACGGGUCCGCCAGGCUUUUUUUCGUUCAGUGUCAAUUUAAUGAAAACUAA